AUGUUAUGAUAUGCAAAAUCCCUCCACACAUGAGGAAAAGAGCCCUCUCGUGGUAAUGUUAGAGGAAUAGCAACUGGAGACAAUCUGCUGCACUCUGCUACUCUGUAAGACAAACAUCAGUAAAGCCAAGCAGCAAGAGAAGAAGGGUUCUUCAUGACAAAAUGACAGCAAGAGAACACAGUCCCCGCCAUGGUGCAAAAUCCCGCACCGUACAACGGGCCUCCACCAUUGACGUCACCUCUGACAUGCUAGGCCUUUCUCUGGCAGGAAACAUUCAGGAUCCAGAUGAGCCGAUUUUAGAGUUCAGUUUAGCUUGCAGUGAACUGCUAACUCCAUCGCUAGAUCGAAAACCAAAUAGUUUUGUAGCAGUGAGUGUAACUACACCUCCUCAGGCAUUCUGGACAAAGCAUGCACAGACAGAAAUUAUUGAGGGAACAAGUAAUCCUAUCUUUCUAAGCAGCAUUGCCUUUUUCCAAGACUCUCUUAUCAAUCAAAUGACACAAAUCAAACUCUCCGUGUACGACGUCAAAGAUAGAUCUCAGGGAACAAUGUAUUUGUUGGGUUCUGGGAUGUUCACUGUAAAAGAACUUCUUCAGGAGAAGAAUCACAGGUUGCACUUAACACUAAGGUCGGCCGAAAGUGACCGUGUAGGUAACAUUACAGUUAUUGGAUGGCAAAUGGAGGAAAAAACUGACCAAAGGCCUCCAGUGACAAGGUCACCCGAUACAAUUAAUGGAAGGACUGUGUUGCCAGUUGAUGAAAGUUUAACAGAAUCUUUAGGAAUCAGAUCCAAAUACGCUUCAUUACGGAAAGAUGCACUACUGAAAUCUGUGUUUGGUGGCGCCAUUUGCCGAAUGUAUCGCUUCCCAACCACUGAUGGAAACCACUUGAGAAUCUUGGAGCAGAUGGCUGAGAGCGUCCUGUCGCUGCACAUCCCUAGGCAAUUUGUGAAGCUUCUUCUAGAAGAAGACGCAGCAAGGGUUUGUGAACUAGAAGAAUUGGGAGAACUGUCUCCUUGUUGGGAAAGCCUUCGUCGACAAAUAGUUACUCAGUACCAAACAAUUAUUUUAACUUAUCAGGAAAAUCUAACUGACCUGCACCAGUAUAAAGGUCCUUCAUUUAAAGCCAGUAGCUUGAAAGCUGAUAAAAAAUUGGAAUUUGUUCCUACGAAUUUACAUAUACAGAGAAUGAGAGUGCAGGAUGAUGGAGGAUCAGAUCAGAACUACGACAUAGUCACCAUAGGAGCACCAGCAGCUCAUUGUCAAGGCUUUAAAUCAGGUGGCUUGCGGAAAAAACUGCAUAAAUUUGAAGAGGCAAAGAAACAUUAUGAGGAGUGUUGCACUUCAACAAGUUCCCAGUCUAUAAUAUACAUCCCACAGGACAUUGUUAGAGCAAAGGAAAUUAUUGCACAAAUCAACACCCUGAAAACGCAAGUCAGUUACUAUGCAGAAAGGCUCUCAAGAGCUGCCAAGGAUAGAUCAGCUAAUGGCCUUGAAAGAACACUUGCCAUCCUAGCAGACAAGACCCGGCAACUUGUCACAGUCUGUGACUGCAAGCUGUUGGCAAAUUCAAUACAUGGACUGAAUGCUGCAAGGCCAGACUAUAUAGCUUCAAAAGCAUCUCCAACAUCUGGAGAAGGGGAGCAAGUGAUGCUGAGGAAUGAUCAGGAUACACUUGUGGCCAGAUGGACAGGAAGAAAUAGCCGAUCUUCUCUGCAGGUGGAUUGGCAUGAAGAGGAAUGGGAGAAGGUUUGGUUGAAUGUUGACAAAAGUCUGGAGUGUAUUAUACAAAGAGUGGACAAACUUCUCCAGAAGGAGCGCUUGCAAAGUGACAGCUGUGAAGAUGUUUUCCAGUGUGACAUCAGCUGUACUAGUAAGAAAGGUAAUCGGGACACUCGUGCCUACUGGAUAAAUCCAGAAGAUUUAAAUGAGACCUCAUCAUCCUCGCCACCUUCAUCAUCCUCACCACCUUCAUCAUCCUCACCACCACCUUCAUCCUCACCACCACCAUCAUCCACACCAUCUUGUGCAUGCCAUUCUCUCAGAAAGACAAAUUGCAGCCCCGCUCCGGAAGAAUCUGGCCCAGGUGAAUGGAGCGAAGCUCUUUAUCCAUUGCUGACAACGCUCACAGACUGCGUAGCCAUGAUGAGUGACAAGGCAAAGAAAGCCAUGGUCUUUUUAUUAAUGCAGGACAGCGCCCCGACAAUAGGGCUCUGCCUGAACCUUCAGUAUCGCAGGGAUGUUGUCUUCUGUCAAACUCUGACAGCUCUCAUUUGUGGUUUCAUUAUCAAGCUGAGGAACUGCCUGCAUGAUGAUGGAUUCCUAAGGCAACUCUACACCAUUGGCUUGCUGGCACAGUUUGAGAGCCUGCUGAGCACUUACGGUGAGGAGCUGGCAAUGCUGGAGGACAUGAGUUUGGGAAUCAUGGACUUGAGGAAUGUAACCUUUAAAGUAACUCAGGCCACAUCAAAUACAUCUACUGACAUGCUGCCGGUUAUCACUGGAAAUCGCGAUGGAUUUAAUGUGAGGAUCCCUUUGCCAAGCGCCUUGUUUGAUUUGUUGCCACGAGAGAUUCAAAGUGGCAUGUUACUGAGGGUUCAGCCUGUUCUUUUCAAUGUGGGAAUCAAUGAGCAGCAAACCCUAGCAGAGAAGUUUGGAGACACCUCACUGCAAGAAGUAAUAAACAUGGAAAGCUUAGUGCGGUUGAAUUCCUAUUUUGAGCAGUUCAAGGAAGUUUUGCCUGAUGAUUGUCUACCUCGAUCUCGUAGUCAGACGUGCCUGCCUGAACUGUUAAGAUUUCUGGGACAAAAUGUACAUGCAAGGAAAAAUAAGAAUGUUGAUAUCCUUUGGCAAGCUGCUGAGAUAUGCCGCAGACUAAAUGGUGUUCGAUUUACAAGCUGUAAAAGUGCCAAGGAUAGGACUGCCAUGUCGGUCACCCUAGAGCAGUGUUUGAUCCUACAGCAUGAACAUGGAAUGGCUCCACAGGUCUUCACCCAGGCUCUGGAGUGUAUGAGGAGUGAGGGUUGUCGGCGAGAAAAUACAAUGAAGAAUGUUGGAUGUCGCAAGUAUGCAUUUAAUUCCCUGCAACUGAAGGCUUUCCCAAAGUAUUACAGGCCUCCAGAAGGAACUUAUGGAAAAGUUGAAACAUAAGCAUACUAUGUCCUUUAAUUGCUGUUCCAUUAAAACAUGUGGAUACACUCUAGAUUAAUACAUGAUUUUGUCAUCCAGAAGAGAUAAAUAACCUUUUUGUACGUUUCGCUAGGUUAUACAGAGCAUGUUACUUACAGAAUUGGAAUCUAUAGUAACAAUUAUUCUGACACCUUAGCUUGAGAAUAGUGUGAUGACUCUCUGCCCAUUUAAAUAGCCUUCUGUGUAUGUCAGAUGAACAGAUAUUGUGCUACUUAAUAAUUACCUAUAUGCAAAUAGCUAGGUACCUCCUGGAAGGGCAAGGACUCUAGGAACGGCACUUAGGCAGCUGUUUCACAUAACAUCUUUUUAUACUGAGUUGACUUGAGAUUGAGCUUUUCAUAAACUUUUUAAAACUGAGAGUAAAACUCAAAAGUUGUAAAUAAAAAGGGAUUGGAUCCUAGACAGUCUAAUAACUGUAGAAUGCAUUGUUACAAUCAAGAAACAGAAGUUUAACUUAAAAAA